AUGGCGUUGAGCAAGAGCUUUCGAGUGUUCCACAAACUCGAACCACCGCCUUACUCUGUGAUUUUAGAGUCAAGAAAUAAAGAAGACACGUUGCUCUUUGAAUCGAAUGCUGUGGCAGUUCUCUCUGUUCCAGAAACAGAAGCAAUAAAAAGACUUUAUUCCAAAGCUGUGGAUGGAUAUGGCUGUCUUGGUGUUCUUAACUUGAAUGUUGGUGACCAGAUUGUCUUGUAUCUAGUGAUGGUCAUUGGUUGUGCAUCCAUUGGUAAGAUUGGAGACUGUGAAGUUUUUCGUAUCACUGCAACCAAUUUCCUUUCACUCCGUGGUGAUCCACAAGAUGAGGACAGAAUCUCUGAAGUCAGGAAACUUCUCAAUUCUGGCACUUUCUAUUUCUCAUGGUCUCCGAACUCAGAGAAUACAUUUGAUCUCAGUUUAUGUGCGCAGAGACGAAUACAGGACCAUAGUACCGACAAUAGAUUUUUCUGUUCUGUUGUCCAGAUCACCCACUCGGUGAAACAUUUGAAUAGACCGUUCAUGUACAAUAUUGUUGGCCCCUCUCAAAAGACUGCUGGUCUCGCCAACAAGCUGUUAGUGGAGCAUAUAUUUGACGAAACUCAGAAGUACAUGGUGUUUGGUCCUAUAUCGUCUAGGAUAGCGGAGGUCAUAUCGCAAACGGCACCGUACUAUAAUUUAAUUCAGGUGUCACCCAGCGUAACUUCGGCUGGUCUUUCAGACACAUCUAAAUACCCAUCUCUGUUCCGCACGGUCCAGUCAGAUAUAACAAACAAUCCAGCCCGCCUGGCGCUAAUGCGGCAUUUCGGGUGGGAUGAAAUUGGCACGCUGGCGCAUGAUCAAGACCUGUUUAACAGCGUCAUGCAAGACUUCCACGAUCUGAUUGAAGUAGAAAAUAUAACGGUUCUAGCUUCAACCACGUACAGGAAUAACCCAGAACAACAACUCAAACAGCUGAAAGCAGUGGAUGCUAGAAUCAUUAUAUCAAUGAAUUAUGGAACCGAAGUCUUAUGUACGGCUUACAAAGCUGGUAUGUAUGGACGUAAAUACCAAUGGUUUCUGACAGGUGGACAGAGUAUUACCUUAAUGAGCGGUGCCGAAAACUACGGUUGCACUGACGAUGAAAUCAUAGAAGCCAUAGAGGGGGCUUUCGUAACUGACCACUCAUACUAUGGCAACGAAAAUGAGAAGACUAUAUCGGGACAUACCCCAGGCGAGUUCCAAUCAGAGCUAAACAAUGUAAUAGUCAACAAGUACAACGCAGAUGUUUCAUUAUCAUCAGAGUAUGCGCCAUGUGCAUACGACGCCAUAUGGGCCAUGGCACUGGCGUUGAAUGGUUCUAUUGAUCAGUUAUCCCCGAAUAAAACCUUGGAAGACUUCACAUAUGACGACUCGAAUAUGAUGCAAGUGUUUAAAGACGAAAUGCUGAAAACGAGUUUUACUGGAGUUACGGGUCCUGUGCACUUCACGCCAGAGGGUGAUCGACUUGGACGUGUCAUUAUUUAUCAGAUACAAGAUGGGGAAAUGAUUCGUGUUGGUGUAUAUGAUAAUUAUAAUGAUGUUAUAGAGUGGGACAGUCAACAUCGUUUACGAUGGAAAGGAGGGGAUCCACCUAUUGACUCAGUUGAACAGCGAAGCGUGACCAUCGGAAUAACACGUGGGUUGCGUAUCUGGGUAAUGGUUAUUGCGUUCACGCUGGCCUUCGGGAGCAUGUUCAGCAAGACCUGGAGAGUCCAUGUAUUAUUCACGACCAAGAAAUAUGAGCGAAAGGUUGUCAAAGAUGGUCAACUGAUUGCUAUGGUGUUCGGUUUGCUGGCCGUAGAUGGCGUUCUUCUGGUAACGUGGAUGAUUAUUGAUCCAUUGAUUUUGCGUGAGCACAUAUUUCCAUCACAGGAACACCCAGUGGAAGAAGACGUAAUGUUAAUACCAAGGAUGCUGUUAUGCGAUUCCAUCUACUUUACAUAUUGGAUGGCGUUCAUUUAUAUCUACAAGGGUAUAUUGAUACUGUUUGGUAUUUUUCUGGCUUGGGAAACACGAAAGGUGGAGAUUCCUGGACUGAAUGACUCCAGACAGAUUGGAUUUAGUGUAUACAAUGUUAUGGUGAUGUCUGUAUUAGGAGUUACUAUAACCAGUGUACUUGACUUGCAACAGAUUGAUAUACGAUAUAGCAUUGUCGCUGUCUGUAUUAUUGUUUGUACAUCAACUACAUUGGCAUUGGUGUUUGUACCGAAGAUAUGGGGGAUACAUAAAAACAGUAUUGAGGACAUGCCGUCACGUUUUACCAAUAAUUUGAGCGAUGUCACCCAAAAUGAGCACGACUUGGUCAAGUACAACGCUGAAAUCAUCAAACUAAAGACCCAGGUGGAGUAUCUUAAGCAACGUGUAUCUACCAAUGAAUCGAGCGUACAGGAAAUGUCAACAAUUGCAAAAUGA